UUGUAGCGCUGAUUCAGUAUAUCAUCUUUGGAGCGCAUUUAGUUUUUUUUAUUCAACAUAAUUUUUACGUGGACAAAGCCAUAUUCGUUGAAUCCUCAACUCUCAAUCGAUUGAAAAUGUCUCAACUACAGUUGCUGCGUGAGUUUUUAAAUGAGCGUGUAAUGGCUGCUGCUGUCGAAAUUUUUGGGGCAGUUGAGAAAACGGUAGCUGAGUACCAAGAGGAAAAUGAUCGUCUACGGAGACUGCUGCGGAUAGAUUCCUUGCAGCUCUCUCUUGCUGUCUCUGAAGAGGAGGUUCUCCCUGAGCAUCAGCAUUGUGAGCAGGAGUGGAGCUUCAGUCUGGGACAGGAGAACACUGAAGCCACACAGAUUAAAGAGGAAGAGGAGCAAAUCAGUCAGGAGGAAGAACAGCUUCAAGAGCUCUUUGAUACCAAAAACACAAUUGCCUGUAUGACAAGUAAAUGUGAUCAGGUGGACCCCUUGACUCCUCCUCAAAUCCAGACUUUGGAGAACAGAGAGUGUGACCCGAAACAAGUGAAUCUCACACCUUUUGGCACUGUGACUCAGCUAAAGGCUCUCAACAUUCCCUGUGACCCUCCAAAUAAUCAAAACAAUGCAUCCAGCCACAGCACAGCCGAAAGCAGUGACCCAAUAGGACGCGACAGCAGCCCAACAUUAGAUCCCAGCCCACCAUUGAGUCACAACCCACCAUUUAAGAAACACAGAUCCAAACCCAGCAACACAGCUAUAAAAACUCUCCGCUGCUGUGACUGUGGUGAAACAUUUGCUCUAAAAGCUGACCUGCAGAUGCAUGUGACUCUCGCCAAGAAGCCCAGUAAAUGCCAAUUCUGCAAACAUUUCUACAGAUCUACCUGUAAACUGAAGGCCCAUGUCAGACUGUGUCACGAUGGGAAAACCAGCACCUUCCCCUAUUUUGGAAAGACCUUCAAACUAGAAGGAGAUCUGUCCAAGCACAUGAUUCACACAGGAGAGAAACGAUUUAGCUGUGGUGACUGUGGGAAGAGCUUUAAUCGCAAGGGGAAUCUAACCCAACAUAUAUUGACUCACACAGGGGAGAAAUCAUUUAGUUGUGGUGACUGUGGGAAAAGUUUCAGUCUCAAGAGGAACCUAACCGAACAUGUUCGGACUCACACAGGGGAGAAGCCAUUUAGCUGUAGUGACUGUGGGAAGAGCUUCAAACAGAAGGGACACCUAACCAUGCAUAAACUGACUCACACAGGAGAGAAACCAUUUAGCUGUGGUGACUGUGGGAAGAGCUUCAAUCGCAAGCAGCCCCUAAACAUGCAUAAACUGACUCACACAGGAGAGAAACCAUUUAGCUGUGAUGACUGUGGGAAAAGUUUUAAUUUGAAGGACUCCCUAAAGAAACAUAAAUUUACUCACACAGGAGAGAAACCCUUUAGUUGUGGUGACUGUGGGAAAAGCUUCUGUCAGAAGGGGCAUCUGAACGUGCACAAACGGACUCAUACUGAUUCACACAACAGAGAAACCAUUUAGCUGUGGGAAAAGCUUUAGUGUCAAGGGGAACCUAACCAUGCACGAACUGACUGCUGCUCAGGCUAUGAUUCAGUCGUAAGGCUCAGCUGCUGAAACAUAUGAAUAAAGUCCACAAGGAAAGAGAACUGGGCUAAAACAGGAAGAAAAAAAAUUGGGAGAGAUCUUCGGUUGACGUUUAUUUGGAUGAGUAUUGUCCUUGAUGCAGAACUGAGCAAUUUCCUCUAGAUGGGCCAGCUGCAAAGUCAAAAUUGGCUAUAUUGUAAAAAUGUAUGAAAACAAAAAUGUAAAGUUAGCUUUAAAAUCAGAUUUUUAUGACUUUGUGACUGUGCCAGCUAGUGACCACUCUGCAGAGCUGCCUCCAGAAUAAGAUUCAUGAUGGAAAAAACACUAACCUGCAUCUGAAGAUGGAAACUUAAAAGUCAGGGUUUGGACACAGAAAGGAAAGUAAACUCUGCAUAAUACAUGCUCUAGAUGUGUGAUAGAUGUAAUUUUGUAAAACGUUCUAUGGGUCUAAUGAGAGCGAAUAAUUCAAAAUGAAACAAAUUGUUUUAAAUAGGCUAUGUGUAAAUACACUUUACAGGCACCAUAAUUGCUUCCCGUGGGCAUAUAAUAUUAAAACAAAGCUGACUAUGGAGAGUUUUACGUACAUACAAACUUUUCGCAGUAGCUGAACAAAGUAUAAAUAUAAUAAUAUAAAGGGAGAAUGUCCAUUCACCGUUUUACUUUUUCCAAAUAUAAUGUUUUAUACACAGUAGCAGUCAAAAGUUUGGACACACCUACUCAUCCCAGGGUUUUGCUUUAUUUUAACUAUUUUCUACAUUGUAGAAUAAUAGU